AUGAACAGCAAAGUAGUAGUUGUUGUUGUUUUAUACCGAAAAAUAUAUUUCAAUUUAACUAUGAUCAAAUGCCUGCAAAAUCUUUCAACCCAGUCAUUCAAGUCAUACACAUUGAUCCAGCUAAACCCAUCACAUAAAAAAGAUCAAGCAAAAAACAAAAGAUUAAUCAAUGAUAUAUACACUUUUAAAUUAAAUUUCGUCCCAAUAAUUAUAAUUAUUUAUUCGACGACGACUUCACAAUGUGACACAUUAGAUAUAGAACAGAAAGCCAGAAUCCAGCUGAAAAAAUAUGGCAUUAAACGAAUAGUUUGCGACAGAACCAUUAACUACAUAACUACCAUGACCAUAACAUAUAUGGUAUAUAACUUCUUUAAACAAUUCUAUAUAUUCUACUAA